AUGAAUGUAUCAUUCUUUGUUGUUGUUUUCAGGGUGUUAUCUUUCACCCUAGGCGUUGCAUCAACUAAGACAAUUCGGUACGUUCUAAAUGAAGAGUCAGAUGUGGGCACAAAAGUCGGAGACCUGGCGAAGGAUUUGGACAUUUUCCAGUCGAAGACCAACCGAAAAAGUUUUAGAUUUAUUGACCAGCCUCAUAUAAAUCUGUUUAACCUGAGGGCGGCUGAUGGACAGCUGUCGGUUGCUCAAAGACUUGACCGUGAGCAAUUAUGUCGUCGAUCGCAGUAUUGUGAGCUAUCACUGGAUGUGGUCGCUGUUCAUCAGGAGAAGUAUCUUCUGAUGCACGUGGAAGUGGAUAUAAGGGACAUCAACGACAACGCCCCGAAAUUCCCUGUACACGAAAUGUACUUGGAGAUACUUGAAAGCGCAUCAGAAGGAACUCGCUUCCCUUUAGAGGUAGCCACCGAUGAAGAUGUAGGCCGGAACUACAUACAGACUUACACCAUUUCCAUGAACGAGCAUUUCAUCGUCGAAGUGCGAAGUGUAGAGGAGGGAGGUUUGUACGCAGAGCUAGUUCUGGUCAAAGAGCUUGACAGGGAAAAGGAGGACACGUAUAGCCUUGACAUCACAGCAGUGGACGGAGGAAUACCACCCCUGUCUGGAAUACUAACUGUAAAGAUAAAGGUCUUGGAUAUCAAUGAUAACACACCGGCCUUCGAGGACAGUUUCAUCAAAAUUGUACUCAGUGAAGAUGCAAGAGUAGGGCUCUUCCUCUUGCAUUUGCGCGCCUCUGACCCAGACGAGGGCCAAAAUGGGGAAGUUGUUUAUGGGUUUGAGGAGAACACGCCUCUCGAGAUAAAGCAGAUCUUUAAUAUUGAUCCUCAUAUGGGACGACUGACUCUCGCGAGAGAAGUGGAUUAUGAAAACAGGGAAUUUUACGAAUUGAAAAUAAUAGCAUACGAUAUGGGGGUAAAUUCGGCUCCAGCGCAGUGCACAGUUAGAGUGGACAUUUUAGAUGUCAACGAUAACGCACCAGUCAUCAUUAUUAAACCACAGGACUCUGACAGCGUGACGCAUAUUACAGAAUCGGCACCAGUGAACAGUUGCGUGGCUUUUGUCAGCACCAUGGACAGAGACUCAGGAGUCAACGGACACGCGCAUUGUAGUUUACUCGGGCAUGAGCAUUUCAGGCUGCAGCACGCUUAUGGAUACACAUUUAUGAUUAUAACAACAUCAUUGUUGGAUAGAGAGACAUUUCCUGAAUAUAAUCUCACCGCAAUUGCUACAGACCAGGGGACUCCUCCGCUAAAAACAAUUCUGCCAUUCUCAAUUCAACUGAGUGAUGUGAACGACAAUCCUCCUGAGUUCACUAAAUCAUUGUAUGAAGUUUGGAUUGAGGAGAAUAAUCUGCCAGGUGUAUGUCUCACUAUAGUGCAAGCAUAUGACAGCGAUGUUGGCCAAAAUGCAGAAAUAACAUAUUCGGUCCUGAAUAUCCAAUCCAACUCUCAGAUUCUUUCAUCAAAUUUAGUGUCUAUUGAUCCACUUUUAGGGUCUUUAUACACGGCAAUGUCGUUCAAUUAUGAACAGACCAAAGAUGUUGAAGUGCAAGUACUGGCUAGUGAUGGUGGUUUUCCAAUCCUGUCUAAAACCGCGAUGGUUUGGGUAAGAGUCGUGGACAUGAAUGACAACGCCCCAGUGAUAAUGCAGCCCAAGUCAAUAAAUGGCUCUGCCUUCUCUUAUAUAGGUCUUCAGGCAACAACGGGGACUCCUGUCCUACAAAUCAUAGCAGAGGAUGCUGAUGAAGGCUUGAAUGCACAACUAAGUUUUGACAUUUCGGAGGACCCAAAUAAGCUCUUUCUCAUUGACAAAACAUCUGGCUGUAUAUAUCUCAAAACAGCACUGAAUUACACUGUCAAUAACUCAGACAGAGAGCUGAAGCUCACGGUGCGUGUUAGCGACCAUGGGAUCCCAUCGCUCCAGUCUACAGUUGAUAUCCACUUUAUCGUUAAAUCCCACACGGGGCCAACGAGGGAAAGCAUGUUAACCUCUGUUGAGCAUCUGGAACGCUUCCUGACAGUUUUAGAGAAAUACUCCGUCCCACUGGGACUCUGUGUGAUUUUAGUCGGCGUCAGUGUGGUGGCAACAGUGUUGGCCAAACUCAUGAGAAGAAGAGGCUCCUACAGCACAAAUACCAACAUGGAAAGGCGUGCACUCAGUAAAGAGGAAGACAUGUCUGAAGCCUACUCAAACAACUAUGCACCCUUUUUUGUGGGAAGAAGAGACACCAAGAGCCAUGAAAAUGAAUUCUGCAGCUCCUUGCUUUCUGUGUUGUGGGGAGACGCUGAAGCCAAAGUAAGUGUGCACACGGAACUGAACAUACACAUGAAUAUUUUCAUUUGA